AGCUGGCUAAGGGGAACGUGGGUUGAACGUUGCAUUUGGUGGUGUGGAUCUCACGCUGGAACAGGAGUUCGGGUCGACUCAGUGCCAAGAAGGGGAGUUCCCACGGCAGGAUUCAUUGAAAAAUCCUUAGUGAUAUUGACAUGUUUCAAGUGACAUAAAUUAGCCAAUGACUCGGAAUGAUGGAUUCCCGGAAGAUUGGAAAUGGUUUGCCAGUGAUUGGACCAGGGGCUGAUAUAGGGAUAUCUUCACUCCACAUGGUGGGGUAUUUGGGAAAAAAUUAUGAUUCAGCUGAAGUUCUAUCAGAUGGGUAUUGCCCUGCUUGUAAAGAGAAGGGAAAGUUAAAAGCCUUGAAGAGUUAUCGAAUUAGUUUUCAAGAAUCCAUCUUUUUGUGUGAGGAUUUGCAGUGCAUCUAUCCUUUGUGUUCUAAGUCUCUUAAUAAUUUGAUUUCUCCUGAUUUGGAAGAUUGUCACAUUCCAAAUAAGCCUCAAAAAAGAAAGCUCUUGGAAAACAACUAUAAAGAUUCACCCAUUUUGGUAAAUUCCAAAAAGACUAAAAAUCAUGCUGAUGAUGAUGAGCAAGAAUUGAAUAGCAAACAAAAUGGAGAAGUAUAUGAUAAAACCUCAUCAAAUUUGCCUGACUUACUACACAAUGAUCAACAGAAUUCUAUUGGAACAGCUGAUUUCAUGGGACAGAAUAGGAUUUUGGAAGAUGAUAUUCUUGAUAGGGCUAUUAAAGAAACUCCUAUUACAGUUAAUGUCUCUGGAACUGGAGGGACUUCUCAAAAUGAAGGAUGCAUAUCUGGACAGGAAGUGCCACAGGAAAGCACAUUAUCUUGUCAGACUUUGUGUGUCCAGUGGAAAAAUGCUUAUGCUCUCUGUUGGUUAGACUGUAUCUUGUCUGCAUUGGUGCACUUAGAACAGUUAAAAAGCACUGUAACUGAGCUGUGCACUGAAGAGGAAUCGGUGUUCUGGCAGUUAUUUACAAAGUAUAAUCAAGCCAGUAAACUUCUGCAAACUAAUCAUUUGGAUGGAAGUAAAGAUGGAGAUUGUAAAAAUCUUACUAAAGAUGUACUUGCAAAGAUAGAGGCCUCUCUGAAUGAAGUUAGAAAUGAAGUUUUUACUAGGCUUCAGCCUCAGCUUCGAUGCACACUAGGUGAUAUGGAAAGCCCUGUAUUUGCAUUUCCCCUGCUCUUAAAAAUAGAGCCCAACAUAGAAAAGCUCUUCAUGUAUUCUUUUUCUUGGAACUUUGAAUGUUCUCAGUGUGGACACAAGUAUCAAAACAGGUGUUUGAAGAGUUUGGUCACCUUUACAAAUGUCAUCUCUGAGUGGCACCCUCUCAAUGCUGCCCAUUUUGGUCCAUGUAACAAGUGCAGCAAUAAAUCACAAAUAAGAAAAAUGGUAUUGGAAAAAGUAUCUUCCGUAUUUAUGUUGCAUUUCGUAGAAGGCUUACCACAUAAUGACUUGCAGUGCUAUUCAUUUUGUUUUGAAGACUGCCUUUAUCAGAUAACUUCUGUAAUUCAGUAUCAAGCAAAUAAUCAUUUUAUAACAUGGAUUUUAGAUGCUGAUGGAUGUUGGCUGGAAUGUGAUGACUUAAAAGGUCCAUGUUCAGAAAGGCGUGAAAAAUUUGAAGUUCCUGCUUCAGAGAUACAUAUUGUUAUUUGGGAAAGAAAAAUGCCCCAAAUGACAGAUAAAGCUGCUUCCUACCUUCCACUUAAAAAGACUAAUGAUCGGCAUGCUGUUGGUGGCGAAAGACAAGCGUCUCCAGCAUUGUGUUCCACGCAGGAUGCUCCCUCAGCUGAAAUGUCCUCAGGAACUCACCCCACAAAUACCUCAGUUGCUCCUAAUACUCCUUCACAGGAUGAAACUGUAGCUUAUGGAGAUCAUUUGCUUUCAGCUUCAAAACAUUUGGUUGAUAACAAUGAUAUUUUGCCUUUGACAUUUGACGAACUAAUGGUUAAUGCUGAUGAUCUUCUGUUAGAAAAUAAACCCAUGGAAGAAAAGGCAGUCAAAACAAAUGCUUUGUGUUCACAGGAUUCACCAAUGACUUCUUCACUGUCAGCUCCAUUUAAGGAAACACUUACCCAAUGCCAAUUUGUGGAUUUAACUUUUCCAUCUCAGAUUGUAAAUACAAACAUGGAACCAAUGCAACUGAAUACAGAAGAUACAGUCAUUGCUAAACCUGUGACUAGUAUUCAUGCUGCUGAUCCUAUCCAGUUAAUAAAGCCAGUAGAAAAUGAGGGUACAAUGGCCCUAGGGAAGGACACUUCAUUAAAACAGUUCUUUUCAUCAGAAACUGAGAAAUUAAAACCAGAACAACAUAUAACAUCACAGAUGCCAAAUUUGAAUCAAAAAGAAACUUCAGCAUCUUCUCAGGCCCUAACAAAUGAGUCUUUGCAGAAUCCAUCUCUGAAAACAAAUCAGAAGAAACCAUUUGUGGGAAGUUGGGUUAAAGGCUUAUUAAGCAAGGGCGCUUCUUUUAUGCCUUCUUGUGUUUCAGGUCAUAAUCGAAAUACUAUAACUGAUUUGCAGCCUUCAAUUAAGGGGGCAAGUAAUUUUGGUGGUUUUAAAACCAAAGGUGCAAACCAAAAGGCUAACCGGACGCUCAAGAGAGCCCAUAGGCGUGCAGGUAAACCUUCAGUUCGUAGCUCUCCGCCAAGUCAUUCAUCAGCUAGCACAGCCGCUAACCUAUGUGCUCCCGUUAAUGUUGAUUCAGAAGUUUUGAAGAAAUGUGAAAACACCUCCUAUGGAGUUCGCCUCAACCAGAGUUAUGGAAAUGAAAAUGCUGUUUCUUCAGCAAACCAUGGAGACUCAUUUGAGGGCCAGAUUCAUAAACUUCGUCUAAAACUUCUUAAAAAACUUAAGGCCAAAAAGAAGAAAUUAGCUGCUCUUAUGUCUUCCUCCCAAAAUGAAACACUUCCAAGUGAAAAUUCAGAACAUGUGCCCAAUUGUGAUUCUCCAAAUGAUUGUGAAGCAAUAGAAGACUUAUUAAAAGAACUACAAUAUCAAAUUGAUAUUGCUGAUAAUAAGUCUGGAUAUAGUACAGUUCCAGGUGUUUCCCCAUAUAAUAGUGAAACGCAUGAAGAAAUUUUAGCAGAAUUACUGUCUCCUACAAAUAUUGUUUCAACAGAGCUCUCAGAAAAUGGGGAGAGUGACUUUAGGUAUUUAGAAAUGGGGGAUAACCAGGUCCCAGCAUCAAUUCCUAGUGAAUUAACCAAUACGCCCCCAAAUGCACAUCUGCAACAGGACCAUAACUAUUAUAGCCCCACCAAGAAAAAUCAAUGUGAAGCUCAACCGGAUUCAUUGGAGAGUUCAAUGAAGACUGAUAUUUUGGAUGAUUUUUUUUCUAUGUCAACAUUAAGUUCUUUAGCAAAUGAAACAAUAGAAAUACCUCAUUUUUAUGAAUAUCUUUUUGAGAGUUGAAUGUUUGUUAACUCAGUGUAUUAUUUAUUAUUAUUUGGAGAAGGUUUUACUAUGUAAGUAGUUUCUAAACUGGCCAUUUCAUGAAAAAAAUAUAAGCAACUAAAGGUUUUACCUUUGAUUCUCCCCAUAAAGCAUGUAUAAGUUAAAAUGAUCAAGAAUUUGUUCAUGGUGGUUUUCUUUUGUACAUACAGGCUGGUGAGGAUUUCAAAACCUCAAGUGAAAAGACAGUGUGUACAGUUGGGUACAUUAUACUUCUACAUUUUAAGUUUUGGUUAUGUUGGUUUAGGAAAAACACUAGUUUAUACAAACUAAUGGUUCUUCAGUCUUACAAAAGAGCAUAAACCUUAUGCCGGUAGAAAGCUGUAGCAUGUCAGCUUCCCCUAUACACUCACCUCCUCCUUUUCUCCUUAUAUAGCAGGAAACCUUGUGCUGAAACUUGAAUGUUAAGUGAUCAAUAAAUGAUUAGAUGAACCAUAACAGGAAAAAGUAAUUUUUUAUCUUGAUGUGCAAAAAGAUUGUUAUAAAUAUCUUUAACACAUUUAUUUCUUUAAACAAAGUGGGACAUUAUUCAAGUUUUGUCUUCAUAGAAAAUAACUAAUACUUGUAAUAUUUGCUGUAUGUUUGGUUCUCUUGUAUCUGAACUUUAAUGCAUUCCUCUGGGAAAGAUAAUUUUAAACAAAUAGCAAGGGGCUAGUAAGUUGUAGAGCUGAGAUUGAAUAGAGUGAUUACCACAGCAGUUAGAAGUGCUAAAUUUACCAAAAUUACGUCUUGCCUCUCAAGCUUCAUUCAAAAUUAGGACCCUCAAAUGGUACUGCUGCCGCAGUGACUUAGAAGCAGUAUUUACUAGUCCUAAAUGUCGCUGUUUGAGGGUAAAAUAUUGUGUCAGGGCUCCAUAAUUUGUCAGAUUUACUCCCAAUGCCCCUCCUUUUCUGGUUAUAAAAGUGAUAUGCAUUAAUUGUAAGGAAAAAUGGGAAAUACAGAAAAACAGGAAGGUUUGGCAUCACCCAUUGUGAUACUGUGUGGUAAUGACUGUUAGAAACAUUUUCAUAUUUUUAUAAAUACAAACUAGAACAAAAAAUGAGAUCUGUUGUACCUAUUUGUGUGAUACUUUUAUGUUUAGUGGGUACUUUUCUGUCUUAAAAUUUGGUAAGUAAGAACAGUUGGAUAUUAACUGCGUGUGGAUUACCAUUGAUUCACCAAUCUUUCCUUUUAUGUCACCUUUUUUUUUUAAGAUUUUAUUUAUGCAUACAGAACUAACUGGGGUAUAGGCCAGAGG